AAUGUUUAGUUCUUCCGUAGCCGACCCAGUAGAUGGUCGAGCUUUUUCCCCCCGACCGUCCGUUCCGAUUGUUGGUUGAUUGUCGUGAUUAUCACUUUGAGUAUCACUUGGCUUCGUGAUACUUUCGGUGGCUGCUCUCUCUCUCGUUCUGUUGCUGGAAACUUCAUUGAUGAUGACAUAGGGAAACAGGAAGGGAAGCUCGCGAAAUCGAUUUCUGUUCCGUGUACGAAAAGAGAAGGAAACCUCGGCGCAGUAGUGAAGUGUGGAACAGUGUGGAUUGGAUGAAUAGAAAUUAGCAUUGUUUAGAGCUAGUGAAAAUUACCCAUUCAAAGGUGGAGAGAAAGAAACCCAAACCCAACAACUUUUUUUUUGUGAGUGAGUGAAUCCAGUGAAGUGUUAAGUAACAGCCAGUAGUAACUACACAGUUGAUCGGCAAACCAGCAGCAGCAGCAGCACGCGGUGGUGGGUUUCUCUUUUUCCCCCGUGCCGCCGAUAUGACCAGCACAACAAUGCAAACCGUAAUCAAAAAUCCCAGCUGGUGGAGGCGCCGGACAGCGCUCGAAAAAGCGCUCACGUUGGUCAGCAUCGUGUGCGGUAUUGCUGUCGUAGCUUUACUAAUCUCACUCGUUUCCGUGUUGCUGAGCGAUCGGAUACAGGAACCGGAUAACGGUUCUUCCCAGUCACCACUGGCUCUGACUGGUUCUCGCCGGGGUAAAAAUAUGAGAGUCAAUUCCAAUGAUUCCAAGGGAACUGACAAUCUCUGUCUCACGCCAGGAUGCAUCCAUUCAGCAUCGAAGGCACUGGACCAAAUGGAUUCCAGCGUGGAACCGUGUGACGAUUUCUACAACUACGCUUGCGGUAAAUUCCUUAAGGACACCAAUAUCCCGGACGAGAAGGUCUCGGUCAAUACCUUCUCGGUGAUUGGAGAUCGACUCCAGGAGCAGCUCCGGUCGCUCGUUAGUGAGGACAUCCACGAGGAAGAGGCCACUCCGUUUAAGCUGGCCAAGAACAUGUACAAGCUGUGCAUGAACAAGACGAGAAUCGAGGAAAAGGGCAUCAAACCACUGUUAGACAUUUUGGACACGUUGGGCGGUUGGCCUGUGCUGAAGGGUGACAGCUGGAACGCAGAUUCUUCCUGGUCCUGGACAAAAUCGGUGAAAGACUUCCGCAUGCAGGGCUACAGUACCGAUUACUUCUUCGAUUUUUCGGUAGGAACCGAUUUGAAAAACUCGACCCGUAGGAUUAUCGACACGGAUCAAGCCGCCCUGGGCAUUAGCCGUGAGUACCUGGUCAAGGGUAUGGACAACGCAAUCGUGUCCGCCUACUACAGCUACAUGGUGGACAUGGCUGUUUUGCUAGGAGCCGAUGAAGAACGCGCCAAGCGGGAGCUGAUGGAUUCGCUUAACUUCGAAAUUGCCCUGGCCAAUAUUUCGCUACCGAACGAGAAACGUCGAAAUGCUACGGCUUUGUACAAUCCCAUGACGGUGAAAGAGUUCCAGCACAAAUAUCCGUACACCGAUUGGGUUGAGUACUUCAACGUAAUCCUGAAGGAUACAGGAAUUGUCAUCGAUGAAAAUGAAGUCAUCAUCGUCAGCGUUCCAACAUUUAUGGAACAACUUGGCCCACUACUGCAGAACACCCCUAAGCGAACCAUGGCCAAUUACGUGAUGUGGCGUAUCAGUGGGUUCUCCUCAUUCUUCCUCACAGAAAAUCUACGUAAACGACAACUGCAGUACAGUACGGCAUUGAGCGGCAAACAAGAACAAGAACCUCGCUGGAAGGAAUGUGUAGACAUCACUUCGGGCAGUCUACCAAUCUCCGUUGGAGCUCUCUACAUCAGAAAGUAUUUUAAGGAAGAUUCCAAACGCGCGGCUUUGGAUAUGGUCAACGGUAUCAAGAGCGUGUUUGUGGAUAUUUUGAAGAAGGUAGAAUGGAUGGAUGAAGUUACGCGCAAAUCUGCUCUCGAUAAGGUCGACUCUAUGGUAACCCAUAUUGGUUAUCCAGAUGAACUCAUGGACGACAAUAAAAUUGCUGAUUACUAUAAGGACUUGAAAUUCCAACCGGAAGAUAAUUACCUGAACACAAUUCUUUACAUGAAUCAGUUUGGAACGACCAAGGCGUUCAAGAAACUCCGACAAGCUGUCAACAAGACCGACUGGAUUACCCAUUCUAGACCUGCUGUUGUUAACGCUUUCUACUCCUCCAUCGAAAACAGUAUUCAGUUCCCAGCCGGUAUUCUGCAGGGUCAAUUCUUCUCAUAUGAACGACCAAAGUACAUGAACUAUGGAGCGAUCGGAUUCGUGAUUGGACAUGAAAUUACGCACGGUUUCGAUGACCAGGGCCGACAAUUCGACAAAAAUGGCAAUCUUGUCGACUGGUGGCAAUCCGAUACGAAGAAGGCAUACUUGGAGAAGGCCCGAUGCAUUAUCGAACAGUACGGUAACUACACUGAGCCGAAUGUGAAGCUCAAUCUGAACGGUAUCAACACACAAGGCGAGAACAUUGCGGACAACGGUGGCAUCAAGGAAGCUUACUACGCGUACAAAAAGUGGGCUGAGAAGAAUGGUCCGGAACCACGCCUUCCUGGACUCGAUCUAUCGCCGGAACAAAUGUUCUGGCUAUCCGCCGCUCAAACCUGGUGCUCAGUAUAUCGGCCGGAAACCAUGAAGAUGCGAAUCACCACAGGAGUGCAUUCGCCUGGUCAGUUCCGAGUGCUUGGACCAAUGAGCAACAUGGUCGAGUUCUCGAAAGAUUUCAACUGCCCGGUAGGAUCACCGAUGAAUCCAGCACAAAAAUGCGAGGUCUGGUAGACCGUAAUCCAGUUCGCUUCUUUUUCUUAAGUCCUUCCAAUGGUCAAAACUCCAAAACAUAGUCUGUAUUCUUUCUACGUUUCCCUAUACUGUUCCUCUCAGUUACAGUGUUUUCCUCCCUCUGCUGUUCUACACGAACAAACGUGAUAUCGUAGAAACCCUCAGUCAGUUUUAUAUUGAUGAUUAAUUUGUUGAAAUGUACUUAUAAUUUCAACUAUUGAAAUUGAAUUUUAAAAACAACAUUUUACUUAAGUAACUUUACUUAAGCAGAAAGAAAACUAUAAAUAUUUAUUCCAACUGAUCAUAUCAACCGGAAACCGGUUGAUGAAAAAACGAAACAAAAGCUCUAUGGAAAACAUACACAAAUGCAACAAACAAGUAGAAGUAAAACUCUAUUCAAUUAAAUGCAGCAACAGAUCAGUUUGCCAAGAAAAAAAAAAAGAAAGUCACGAAACGGUGCGCGAUAUGUGCAAACUUGUACGAUUAGAAGAAUGCUUCAAAGUCAUUUUAGCUUGUUCGUCGUUCUGGUCAUUUAUGUCUGGAUUAUGGAUCCACAUAUGUACUUCUCGUUAUCGGACGGUUAAACAAUAACGAAAUCUGUUGUUUGUACUUUUUGUAUUAGCGUAAGGUUUUACAAUAAUAUUGUGUCAUGAAAUAGAAUGUUUUCUAUUAUAA